UUCCAUGAAUUGGUUUUCAUGCUAGUUUCAAUGUUUUUUAUUUAUCUUUAUUACUGUUGUGUAUUGUAAUUGACACUAAAAUAUUCAUUAUUAAAAUUCGUAACUGUAAUGUAAAAUAAUGCAACAAAGUUUGUCUUUAUCUCGUCAUUUCCAGUAAUUCAUCCUAUCUUAGUACUCUAUUUUUAUUAUUUAGUUUGUGUAAUCUUUUCAUAAUUUACCACGUAGUUGCUAAUAACUUUCUUCAGUGCUCAUAAACUUAGAAAACGCAACUGUAAAAAAAGUUUCUACCUGUGACUCUGAUAAUUAAACUUACUCAGUUGAAAGUGAACAGAAAAUAUUUCAAUAGACCUCUUAAAAUGCUCAAGUCGGACGCAAGUUAUGUGCCAUUAGUCAAUGACGUCGGUUUGAAUUCAACAGGUAACACCCCUUCUAUAAGUAUAAAAUCUAUUGUUGAGAUAGAAAAAGAAUUAGACUCACAAGACUUGACAUCCCUGGUAUUCCUAUUGUACGAUGUUCCCGAAACAGCCCUGCAGCGCCUUAUUAUAUACCAACGCGUAUAUAAGGAUAUAGGUGCAGGAAAUUCUAAUUUAUUGCAAGAAUGGGCACGUCAUGCACAGAACAGGGUAACUUGGACACAUGAGUUUCUUGAGGCAUUGGUUACAUGCCAAAUCUACAAUGUGGUCAGAAAACUUGGUUUCAAUGUUUCUGCAGUGAAAAAGCGAUACCAGGAAAAUGGUGAACAUUAUAUUAAUCCUAUGAAACGGGAACUGUAUAAUUUAUGUGAAUAUAUGGACUCUGCAAAUCUAGAUAGAUUUAAACAAACUUUAAAAACUUAUAGCAUUGACACCAAUAAUUAUGAAAGUUGUGAAUUGGUUUUGCUUCAUUUAAUGUGUCAGAAGUUUAUUAUGAUACAACAACAUCAUUAUGGACAAAAAGUUGUUGGAAGUGAAUAUAAUGUAGAAAAUAUUGCAAGGAUAAUAGACAACUUUCCCAGCCCUUUUAAGAAUUUUGCCAAUAAACUAAGAUAUAUAGAGUCAAUUAGUAAAAGAAAUGUAAAUGACUUACACGCACACCCUGCAACUUCUCCAUCAGUAGCAAAUAAAGAUGAACUCACAGUAAAAGAGGAUAAUGUACAAGACAAUUUCACACCUGAAAAGUUUAAUGAAAGUUAUGAUCUUCUAGAGGGUCUUCAAAAUAUGACUUUAAGUUCUGAUAAAAUGAACAAUGACCUAUAUUACCCUAUUAAAGAUCCAAACAGAGUUGGAGUAUGUUAUAUAUUAAAUCAAGAAGAAUUUCACCCUUCAAAACACAGCAUUGAGAGAAAACUCAAAUUUAAACCACUAGAGAAAAGAGUAGGUUCAACAAAGGAUAAAGUGGCAUUAGAAAAAACUAUGACAAAAUUAAACUUCGAAGUGAUACCUCGUGAUAAUCUGGAUAAAGAGACCAUGCUGGAAGACAUAAAAAAUGUUAUUAAAUAUAGAGUACAUGAAAAUCAUAGUAUGUUCAUGUUGUGCAUAUUAUCUCAUGGUAUUAAAGGGCAUGUGUAUGCAGCAGAUUCUGUCGAAGUAAAAAUUGAAGAGAUUGUAAAGUUGUUGGAUUGUGAUGAUGUUAAACAUAUACGUGGCAUGCCUAAAGUGAUUGUGAUACAAGCAUGUCAGGUUAACAAUGAAGACAAAUAUCAAAAUAUUGAUCUAGUUGCAGACGCACCAAAACACUACAUAAAAAAAUCAGAUGUCCUGAUAUACUGGGCUACUGCACCAGAUUAUGAAGCUUAUAGGAUUGAGGGGUUUGGAUCAUUAUUUAUACAAAUAUUAUGUUCAGUUAUACAAAAAUUUGCAAACAAAGAACAUUUAUGUGAUUUAUUUUUAAAAGUUAAUAAUGAGAUGCGCAAAACUUGUGCAAAAUUGUGUUGUGAUCAGUUACCAAAAAUUGAAUUUACAUUAACAAAGAAACUAUAUUUGAUAAAACCUUAACAAUAACUAAACAUUCUUUUGAGUGACAACCAAGUCAUCUUCUGCAUAAUCAUAAUAAAUUAAUUACAAAUAUGAAUAUUUUUAUAAUA